GAAAAAAGUGAAAUAAAAUAGAUUUUUCAAUUGCCUACUUUCGCGUUCCCGCAAUUUUUAGUUUACUGAUGAUCGGAGUGAACUUGCUCACCAUCAAAACAAUACGAUUGAUCAGUUCAAGGCUAACUUCACUCGAUAGUAAUGUUUUCGUAAAGCGUAAAAAGUAUACACCACGUGAAAUAUUAUUUAUCUUGGCAAAAUAUGAAGACUGUUGCCGAUUAUUUGGCUCCAUCGACAAAUAAAAAAUGGUACGAGGAAUAUCCAAAAACACAAAAAUCAUGUACUCACUCAAAGACAGAAAUCAUUGUAAUGGAUUUAAAAGCCGAGGCUAAAAGAUUUCUCGAAGCAGAAACAACUGCCUAUCAAUUGAAACAAUCAAAAUCGAAAAAUUCAGAAUAUGGAUGGCUUAAAACUGCUCUAUCACAAGGAACAAGUUCGGAUAAAGUUGCAGCCAGCAUUGUUUUAAUACAAGACAGUCCAAAACAUAAUUUAUCACGUUUAACAUCACUCAUCGGUCAAGUAAAAGCAUCAAAGCAAAAUCAAUGCAGCACAAUAAUCACAGCACUUCGCGAUCUUUUUCUCUCCGAUUUACUUCAUCCAAACUACAAAUUAAUAAAAUUCGAAGAACAAGAUUUAGACAAACUUGAUAAUAUUGGAAUUACAAUUAAACAUGAGAAAGGUGUUCCUUUUAUGUCAAAAAAUAAAUUACUCGCCCAUUGGUAUUUUGAAGAUCAACUGAAGGAAAUCUAUGAAAAAUUUAUCAUUUCCCUCUCACAAAUUGCAUCGAACACUGUCGAUUCAAAUCGUGAGAAAGCUGUUGCAGUUAUGAAUGAUCUUUUAAUGGGAAAUGGAGAACAAGAACACAAAUUACUUGAUUUUCUGGUAAAUAAAAUUGGCGAUCCCAGUAAUAAAGUCGCAUCAAAGGUGAUAUUCUGUUUGAAUAAAUUACUAUUCGAACAUUCAAAUAUGAAAGUUAUUGUUCUUCGUGAAGUGGAAAAACUUUUAUUUCGAAACAAUGUAUCGUCGAGGGCACAAUAUUAUGCAAUUUGUCUCCUCACGCAAUUUGUAUUGGAUCGUGAAGACACGGAAACGGCAAAUAAUUUAAUUGACGUCUAUUUUUCGUUCUUUAAAGCGAGUCUCAAGAAGGGUGAACCCGACAGUCGAAUGAUGGCUGCAAUUUUAACGGGUGUUAAUCGCGCCUAUCGUUUCUCAAAAGUCGAAUCACAAAAGCUCAAUGAUCAUAUUGAUUCCCUUUAUAAAGUCGUUCAUGUCGGAUCUUUCAAUGUGUCCCUAAAUGCUCUCAGUCUUCUCUUUCAGGUGGUCGGAAAGAAUGAACAACAAUUAAACAGAUUUUAUUCCGCCUUCUAUAGAAAAUUACUGGAUCCACAAAUAGGUGUCGGCAAUAAACGUGCCAUUUUUCUAAAUUUAUUAUACCGUGUAAUGAAGAACGAUCAAAGUACAAUUCGUCUUAAGGCUUAUAUAAAAAGAAUUUUUCAAAUUAUUUUAUACUAUCCAGCGAAUAUGGCGUGUGCGACUCUCUACGUAGUUUCUCAGGUUUUAAAUUCAAAAAAAGGUGCACACAAUAUUAUGUCCUGCAUCGAGCCUGAAAUUAAAAUCGAGAAAACGAAAGAAUCCAGCAGAGAGGAAGAAAAUGACAAUUCAGAAGAUUCAGAAAAUAGUGAAACAGAAAAUGACGAAACAGAGAGAAAUAAUAUUGUAAUCUCAAAUGUUAUCGUCGACAAUUCGAAUAUUAGUACGAAAAAUAGUGAGAUUGAAAUUAAGGAAGAAAUAACAAUCAAGGAGGAAUUCGAUCCCGACAAGGAGUAUAAUCCAUUUUGUCGUAAUCCGUUGGGUUCUGGAGCGAAUAAUACAUUUUACUAUGAACUUUUAGCGCUUGUUAAUCAUUUUCAUCCGAGUGUUGCACUUUUUGCGAACAAUAUUAAAGAAGGAAAAUGUAUAGACUACUCUGGAGAUCCAUUGGAGGACUUGAAUUUGAUUCGAUUUCUAGAUCGGUACGUUUUCAAAAAUCCGAAAAAAUUGGAGAACAAGAAAGUGACGAGGAAAGGUGAUCCACUUGCACAAAGAGCUGGUUACGUUCCUCAGGGUAUGCGAUCGGUACCCGUCGACAGCGAGGCCUAUUUAAAUGAACGCGAAGAUCGUAUUCCGGUGGAUGAACUCUUUCUUUAUCAAUUUUUAAAGAAGAGGAAAGAUUUUGUCAAGAAAGAGGGCGAAGACAAUGAGGACGACGAAGAUAAUGAAAGUGUCAAUAGCGAAGAAUUUAAUGACAUGUUGGACGGACUUGCCGAUAAUGACAAUUUAGAAGAAUUGGAUAUUGCCGGAGACAUUGUUCCCAGGAAAAGUAAAAAGAAAGGCAAUUCCGACGAAGACGAAAGUGACGUAGAGGACGAGGAGGAAGAUUUUGAUAAUGAAAAUGAAGAUUUCAGUGAUGAUUUCGAAGACGAAGAUAUGGAAAACAUGGACGAUGAUGAUAUGGAAAAUAAAGACGAUGAUGAUGAUGAUGAUAUGGAAAAUAUGGAUGAUGAUUACAGUGACAUUGAUUUUAAUGACGAAGAUUCAGACGAUGACGCAAUUCGUGAAGAAUUGUCAUUGAUGAAAAAUUCCCAAAAGAAAUUUGGUAAGAAAAAUUCAAAAGAAUCAAAUGAAAAUGUAUUUAUGUCAGCAGAGAAGUUUGCUGAAAUGAUGGAGGAACAGGGCUAUUCGAAAACAAAACACGGAGCAAGUAAUUCAAUGACUGCUGUCGAUGGUGCUGGUCCCAAACAAUUGAAAUGGGAGGCAAAGAAAAAUCAACGUUCUCAUUUUGGUAAAAAACAGAAGAGAAAAAAUUUUUCCAACAGUAAGAAAAAUACAAAAAAACAAAAGAGAUAGAAAAAAGUAGAUUAAUUAAAAUUAUCUAAUUUCAACAUGUAAAAAAAAUUCCAGAAAAAUAUUAAAAUCGAUUUUUCAGUUAACAAUUGUAUAUAAUUUUAUGUCUAUAUAAAAAAAAAAUUGUUUCCUUUUUACAGAAAGUACACUUUCAUAUUAUAUAUUAGAUUUUUUAAAUAAUAAAUAAAAAUCAAAAAGGAGGAUAAAAAUAGAGUAAUUUUAUUAUAGAACUACUUUAUUACAUAAGAAAAUUAAUGAGAAUAUUAAAAUAAUUUUCGUGAAAUAAAAAAAGCACUGGAUAAACUACACUACGCCUUUUACUUGGAAACUAUCAUUUAAUAUCAAUAUCAUUAGUUUUCAAAUUUACAGAUAUAGUUGAAAUUUGAAAGAAAAAAUUAAAUGACUUAAGUGUACAUUUUUAAAAAAUUCCUCUUUUUUUUGGAAAUAAAUGGGAAACAUCACACUCGUACGAUUCUGAUUCUAAACGGGCGAAUGUCUCUAAACUCUGAAUAUUUCAAUGAACAUAUAAAAUUAAAUUCUUAAUUAUGCAGAAAAAUAAUAAUAAACACCUUACAAGACAUAAACUUAUAAUCAAAUUUUCACAACAUAAUUUCGCUCGAUAUAGUAUUUUUCUUUUUUUCCUUUAACUAUAAUUCAAAGUUUAGAUAUUUCUUCUUCUCUCAUUUAAGUUCAAGUACAAAAAAUUCUUUCUGAAACAAUUUUUCGCCGUCAAACAAAAC